AUGGCGGUGCGUGGACGCGCGGCGGUAGUAGCAGCAGUAGCAAUGGCUGCUGUGGAUCGGCGGCUGCCGAAUCUCGAUGACUUCGCGGGGCAGAGCUGGAGUGCUUGGGUGGAAAGAGUUGGGCCACCUACUACCGAGACAGUGUCUGAUCUGGAAGAAAACAGUAGGAAUGGGAGAAAGAAGAUUGAUGCAAUGACCCUCAUUAAAGAAGACAUGUCUAUCUUUGGUCACUGCCCAGCUCAUGAUGAGUUCUACCUGGUGGUGUGUAACCACUGUGGCCAAGUGGUCAAACCUCAAGCCUUUCAGAAGCACUGCGAGAGACGUCAUGGACCUCUCAGCAAACUCUGUGGCCGGGUGCAGCCUUCGUCCAAUUUGCAGAAGUGCCAUGCAGUCAAUGGGCGGCCCAUUGUCAGUGGCAGUCAUGGAUCCACCAAAUCAUGGAGGGAAAAAUCCCAGAGCUUCUUUAGUCAAACCCAGCACAUGCCCGAAAAGACGGACAAGAUGCCGAAGGACAACCUAUGCUUGUUUGUGCCUGUUGUAAACCUGGAGAAGAUCUCCAGCCUUCCAAAGUCCGAUGGAGAUGGAAUCAAGGCUCCCCCUCUGCUUUCUGACAUUGCCAUUCCCAAACAGUCUUCUGUUAACUCAAAAGAGGUUCAAGGCAAACCUUCCUUCGUGACAUCACCAAAAGAACUACUGACAUCAGCCAAGGGUGGCAGCACCUCCAUCAUACCUGCUGACACCUUGAACAGGAAACUGGAGAAUACUCCUAGCCUCAGUGAGAAAGAAUCUGGUGCUGUAAAAUCUUUGAAGAAAAUAUCACGGAAAGAAUGUGACUUAAACCGCCAAUGUGGGGUGGUGAACCCUGAAACCAAGAAAGUUUGCACUCGGUUACUGACCUGCAAGAUCCAUUCUGUACAUCAGCGUCGAGAGGUACAGGGCCGCACCAAGGACUUUGAUGUGUUAGUGGCUGAACUGAAGGCCAGCACCAAGAAAGGCGAGUCUCCCAAAGAUAAGAGUCCAGUGAGGAAAGAAAUAGCUACUGAACGACUAUCGCAGGACUUCUCUUCCAUGUCACAGACUUCUUUGGUCCUGCCCAAUGUUUCUCCUUCUUCUUGUCACACAAAGCAACCAUAUUCCCACUGUGCACUUUCCAGAUCUAGGGUUUCCUCAGAGAGUGACCCUGAUGACGUGCCUAUUUCUUCUUGCGAAAUUGACCACCGUCUCUACCGUUUCCCGGCACCCAAGAGCACUGGGCGGGUGACAAGUGAGGAGAGUGAGGAUGAUGCCACAGAAGAUCCCCGCAAGUUAGACUGCCAUUAUGCAACACGACCACCACAUCCCCAGGCAUUCUGCACUUUUGGAAGCAGAUUGGUGAGCCCAGGGUGUUAUGUGUUCAGUCGACGGCUGGAUCGGUUCUGCUCUGCACUCAGCUCCAUGCUGGAGAGACAUCUUAGCUCACACAUGUGGAAAAGGAUUCCUCCAGCUGCUGAUCAUCCAAUUUCCACUACACUAUCCCCGAUGCUUUUGGGCUUCUCUACUUCCAAUACAUCCCCAAAUUACAAUUCCUCUCUGGUUUGCAGCCUUCCCCACAGUACCCCGGGCAGGACCUCUGCAUCCUGGGCAACUUCGGUGACCAUGGCAUCCAGGGACAGCCGUAACCAUCAUGGUGUGAACUAUGCAGUUGGUUCACCCCAUGCUGCAGCUGCCUGUAGCCAGUCAGACUGCAUGGGUGGAAGCCAGUCCAUCACCUCCCCACUCCCAGCCAAUACCCCAUCACCCUCAUUCAGCAAGUUGCCUUCGAACAAGGCCAGCAAGUCCUCCAAAGCCAAGGAGAUGGCUGGCAAUGUGGAGCCAGAAGCCUUAGCUCGGAAGCGCAAGCAAUCUCCCAGUGCCCCUGCUAGCCCACCAUACAAACAAACUUGUUUCUUAGAUCUGGGCAAGAACAAAGCAGCUGGCUGCCAGGUGUCUCAUCCAUCUGCCAAGGCCAAGACAUCUGUGGUGGCUUCCUCCAACCUUUCCCUGAAUGGGACAGUCUCUUCAGGGGCCAGAAUCAAGAAGGUCAGCCAUCUGGAUUGCAGGGCACCUAGCCACAUGCCAGUCAAAUCCUCAUCACUGGAGAACCAGGGCUCCUCAUUGAACGGUCCAAAAACACUGCUGACCAACUGCAUCUCUGAUGAAGAGGCCAAGAGACGCAAGAAUUCAGCCACCUACUGUAGGCCAGUGAAGACCAAGCACUCGCCCUCACCCAUGCCUUCUUGUUCCUCGUCUGAUUUAGGUGGCUCAGUCAGAAGGAAGAAGCCAGUUGUCUCCUUUGAGGAAAAGCAGAACACAAUGAAGGUAAGUUCCUAUCUUGGGCAUCGUAAGUGUAUAGCUGAAUUUUUUUCCACCUUCAGAGAAUUAUAUGGCUUUCUUUUUGCCUUCAUCAACAUUGUGUUGCAAAGUCUGCAUUCUGCCAUUACAAGGUUGACUACUGCAUAAGUAUAAACUGGUACAAUGCAUCAAGACAAAUAAAAUAAAUAUUAAAGUAGGUAGCAUCACAUACAUUCCAUUCAGUUUCUGCUAUAGUGCUGUUUGAAGUAUUUAAAUAUGGUGUUUUCUUAUGUGUGUUUGCAUUUGUUACAUGUUUGAAAAAUAAUGUAGCAAAAUUGAACACCA